UGCCAGUCUGGUUUGAGCUUGGUUACGGUGUAGAUCGGCGACCCUGUAUCUGUUGCGUUUGCGAGUGUGUCGUUCAUUUGUGGUUUUUUAAUUUGCAGAAAAAACAAUAACCCAGUCUGUCGAUGGAUUGUAGCUAGUAGAACAACGGUGAUUGUGUUUUUUGUUUACGAAAUUUCAAUCGUGUUCAUUUGUUGUAGCGAAAAAGCAUUUUACCAAGCCUUUUUUCUGCAUUUGAAAGUGCCUAGUUAGUUCGGUGUAGUGCAGCAGGUGUUUUCCGGUUGUUUCGGUUUUUAGGGAGGUUAAGAUUUGACCUGCUUCUCAAAAACUCGCCGAGUGAGUUUAUGUGUCCCCGGGCGAAAGAAAGUCUCCGAUAGCCUGGUCUGUUAAUUAAAGACAAAAAAGGAAGUGUCAAUAUUAACGACAUCCUCAGGCGAAUAGAGUGAGAGUGAUUCGCCCCAAAGGGAGAGAGUGAUCGGAAGAUGAUGUAGGCAAGUGCGAAGUUGAAGUGUGUCAACCGAUGCUGUUGGGCUCGAAGGAUGAAAGUUAUUCAUUCAUUUGAUGACAUAUUUGUGUAGGCUUCGGUCCCAGAUUUGCAAGGAAAAUAUCUCUUCUUCUGGUCUGGUUGUUUCCGUUGAGGGGGUAAGCGAAGAAGAAGCGAUUGUGCUGACAAGUGGUAGUUCAAAGUUCCGACAGUGCGCUCAGUUGGUGCAAUGGAAAGGAAUGCCUGCGCCCAGGUGAAGAAACGAAUGCUAUCCAACGUGUCACAGCGAAGGUGUAAGUGGUGAAAACGAAGAAGAUCUAUCAACUGCAGGCUGGUACGAUUGUGAUUGAGAAAAGUAAAGUAGAUUAAAGCUGGCGGUCCGAGUAUAGAACCUGGAAGGCCAAUAAGCGCGUGCGUUGUAACUGUGGCUCUGUGUUAAGCUCAAUAAAAUACCACUCGAGGGAAUGUUCCGAGUAAAACUAUCUGCAGAAUGCAUGAGGAUUAGCCAGGAAUUUAAAGGAGCGAAGCUUGAUUUGUUUACUGAUGCUGCACAGAUGACUGCUGUCUGGUGAAUACUGAACAAUUGCUGAAUAGUACGCUGCGGAUAGUUUCUUUCAAUAUAAGAAUUGGUUGGCGUUGACGAUGUUGCCGCUUCUGGAAAAUGUUUGUGAAAGAUGUUAAAAUUUUAGCUGUAGACAAAACCAAGAUUCCCAUUUUCAGUUUAUUUCUUUUGUGUUGAUGGACGAUUCGCUAGCAGAUCUUGAGGUUGCAAUAAAAAUGUAUAUGCCGCAUUCAGAUGGCCAGUCAGGGCACUAUUGUUUAACCAACCCAUAGGAAGAAAAAGAGAGAGCGAAAAUUGAAUUUUCAAGCUCCGCGGAGUGUGACUAGCUGAUAGUUUUAUGGUUGGUUCCUGUGUUUCGGUCGGUGCAAAUCUAACGAGUCGAAACAGAGUUGUUGAUUGAUGAUAAUUGACCCGUGGUUUUCGCUCUAAAUAGAUGCGCAUAUUGUUGGGUUUCUCGGAAAGGAAAAGGUGCGAGGGGUCCACAAGAUAAAGUGCGGUGAUUGGUUCAUGUGAUAGUAAGUUACGCUAACAAACGGAAAUCUUAACCCCGGUCGGUACGAAAAAAAUUCUUGCGGUCCAUGUGAAAGAUGGUAGCGCUUUUUUGUAGCAUUACGAUGCGGAGCAGUGAUUUCCAGUUGUCAGAAUAAGCACAAAGUUAAUAGGAUUGCUAACGAGUUUGAUCCAGAAACUCCGAUAGAACACUUGCGCUAUUGAACUAGAUGCGAUCAUCAGAUAGCGCAUAGCAGGAUGCUGAUGGAAAGUUCCCGCUCUCUGCAGUACAAACUAGGCCAGGGCAGCGCAGGACGAACAGCACGACGCCACGACUUUUAGAGUAAACAACAACGUGACACCGCUUCGCACAAACAAGCAACAACACACACAAACACACACGGGAACGACUCAGCCAGAGCAUGACCAAAGAGGCAUUAGCACUUGAAACCGCACCAACCGGCAGACUGCAGCGAGCCGUCACAAACGUUGGCUCAAUUACGCUCAAUCAUAGUAGGAAGGAUCCAGAUCCAGUUCCAGAUCGACGAUUGCGACUGGGACAACGGCAAUCGUGCGGCGGCCGGCCGUCAUCGGUGGUGGCCUCACAUAUGACGAACCGGACAGCCUGGUCGUUAGGCAAAUGGACGUCCGCAGCGAUGGGGAGCAGUUUUUUGUUGCCGCGGCUGCUGGUGCUGGCUACACUGCUGAUAGUAACCCACAAGGUGCAGGCCACCGAUGGGAAGCUGCAGUUGUGCGAAGUAGAAACGGGCCAGACGAACAUCAUUCUCGACAUCGAGGAGAGUCGGGGUAACUUGACCAGCCAACCGACGUCGCCGCCGGAACUUCCCAUCUACGGUGAUCCGGUGGAGGAAAUUGCUCUGGAUCUGAUAUUCCCGAAAGGUAACCCAGCGUUUGUGCUGGACGGUAAAUCACUGCAGCUGAUUCACCCUCUGGACCGGGACGAGGAGAAUCUCAGCCACAUAGUCUUCCAGAUAACCUGUACUAUCCGGUCCACGCGUCGCAAGCGUAAUAUUCCGAUCAUCGUUCGGGUGUCGGACGUGAAUGAUAAUCCGCCGAUGUUUAUCAACACACCGUACGAAACCACUGUCCCCGAGUCCACCCCGGUCGGAACGACCAUCUUCCGAAGCAUCCAGGCCCAGGACAAGGACGCCGGUGUCAACGGCCUGGUGGAGUACUUCGUCGUCAAGGGCUCCCAGCAAAGCAUCUCGGACAUCGCCCCCAAUACGUUGACAGCGGCCGAUGGUUACGGAGUGUUCACGAUUGCAUAUCCACACCAAGGACAGGUCACCGUCGUCAAAACCUUGGAUUACGAACGCAUCCAGCGCUACUAUCUGACGAUCGUCGCAUCGGACCGCGCGCGCAACGCAUCGGAGCGACUGUCAGCGACAACCACACUCACUAUCGACAUUGCCGACUCGGACGACCAGGAUCCGUCGUUCAUUUACCGAGGAUGCGUUCUGCUGGACGGAGCCUGUCUCAACCCGGAGUACAGCGCGUCCGUGCCAGCCGGAAGCCUCCAGGGUGUUCUAACCGUAAGUCCCGAAAGGAUCCAGGCCGUCGAUCUGGACAGCAUCAGUUCACCUAUUCGGUACUCGUUCCUUAGUGGAAUUCCCGGCAAUUACGGGGACUACUUCGAAAUCGACCCCCAGACUGGGGUACUGAAGCAAACGAAACUGGUAGAUUCGUCGGUUACGGCGAAGAAAUUCGACAUCAUCGUAAAGGCGGAAGAGGUUUCGGAGAUGAAACGUUUCACGACGGCAAAAUUGACGAUACACGUAAAGCCGGUAGAUGCGUAUUCACCGGUGAUUAGUGUAACAUCAACUGAAGGAUUUGUGGAUGAAAACUCGCCCAUCGGAACGGUAGUAACCGACGCAAAAGGUAACCCAAUCAAACUGACAACAACCGACGCCGACCUCGGAUCCGAAGACGAACCUGUCGAGUAUAUAUACGAAGUAACGACACCAUCGUUCGUGGUUUCCAAAAAAGGAAUUCUUCACGUCAACGAGGAAGGACUGGACAGAGAUCCGCCAAGCCAAGGGAAAUACCGAUUCCAGGUGGUCGCACGAGAGGCCAACGGGAAUGCGGCUAGUGCACCAAUGAGUUUGACGGUUCACCUCAUCGAUGUAAACGAUAAUGCUCCAAAGCUGGCCAUGGUUGCUCCAGUUAGUCUAACAGCCGGCGACGGAAGACGAUUAGUGUCGAAGGUUACUGCAACGGACUACGAUGCCGGAGAAAAUGCCGUCAUCACUUACUCGCUGUUCCAUGUAUCGAACAACGGGGCCAACAAGUUUGCCAUUGAUCCCAAAACCGGAGAGAUAGAAACGAGAGCAAGACUGAAUGCCGGUGAACAGUACAGUAUAACGGUGCAGGCUUCCGAUAUCGGUGCACUGACAUCACAAGCCAUUGUAGAGGUGUCGAUAACACCGGGACCCAACACAAAACCACCGCGAUUCUUGAAGCCAGUGUAUGAUGUACAGGUGAGCGAAGGAGCCGAAAUCAAUUCGACAGUUAUAGUGGUAAAAGCAGAAGAUCCUGAGAAUGACCCGGUGAAAUACGCGAUAACAACGGGUAAUGAUUUGCGACAGUUUGCCAUUGGAAAAGAAAGUGGUGUUAUCAGUGUGAUAAGGAAGCUGGACAGGGAAGAUCUGACCCGGUAUCAGUUGAUAAUUCGGGCUGAAGAUAAUGGCGGCUUAGCGAGCAGCGCAACAGUGAACAUAAAAGUAACUGAUAUAAACGAUAAGAACCCGGAGUUUGAUGAAAGCAUGCUUCCGUAUGUGUUUCACGUGGACGAGGGUAAAGACAAUAUGCUCAUUGGAGUCGUGCAUGCUACCGAUGCCGAUGAGGGUAUGAAUGCUGAGAUUACUUAUACUAUUCCAUCGGAUAUUCCAUUUAAAAUCAAUUCUCGAACGGGAGAGAUUAAGACGAAAUCGGCCUUGGAUUAUGAAACGAAGAAGGAAUACAAGUUUGUAGUAACUGCACAGGAUGGAGCUCCCGAGCCUAGACUAGGAACCGCUAGCGUUACGGUGAAGGUACGUGAUAUUCCAGAUGAGGUUCCAAGGUUCAUGGAGUCAUUGAUUGAGGUGAAAAUUCCCGAAAAUGUACCGGAUAUGGUGGUUACUACAGUGCGAGCUUUCGACCCUGACACCAAACCAGAAAUAACCUAUACCAUUAAGAGAGGACCCGGAGAUUUGUUUAAAAUCGAUGCGAAGACCGGUUUAGUAAAAACGAUCAGAGGCUUAGAUUACGAGAAGGAUAAAAUUCACGAGCUGAUAAUUGGUACGCUGGAAAACAAUGGCACCAAUCCGGGAGAUUAUAUUAAAAUAAUGGUUGAAGUGGAGGACCGUAAUGACAUUCCACCGGUGUUCGUAGCGAUUCCGGAGCCAAUCAACAUUAACGAUGAUCUGCCAAUAGGAACUAUUGUUGGAUCCAUGCCGGCAGUCGAUGGCGAUGGAUCCUCUCCCGGUAAUGUCGUACGCUUUGAAAUGGUGGGCCGAGGGAAAGCCCUUAAAUACUUCCAGGUUGAUCCAGAUUCGGGUAUCGUACGCAUCCGAGAUGAGUUGAACAAGGAGGACGACGUGGAGUAUCUGGUCGACGUACGGGCCUACGAUAUGGGUGAACCGCAACUGAGCUCGGUUGCUACAUUACCGAUUUACGUCAGUCAUAUUCCCGCAAAUCCGAAUGGAGACUCGGCGGAAUCGAGAGUCGAUGCUGCUGGUAUCGUCAAUCUGGAAGUUCAGGGGCUAGCGUUCAGCGAUGAUAGCUACACUACGAGCGUACCGGAGUCUACAGGAAUUAACGCAACAAUCAAGUUGAUUCAGAUUAUUAACUCGAAAAAAGCGACCAAAAAUAAUGGAGGUUUCAAGUGUGAAAUUAUAAAAGGAAAUGAUGUUAAUCUUUUCCGAAUCACCGUUGAAGAUCACGCCUGUGGGUUGGUUUUGAAUGGACCUUUAGACUACGAAACAGCUGUAACGCAUAACCUCGAAGUGCGCUUGGUUUCAAAUAAAUAUUUUGUGAACCAACAUAAAAACUUUGCUCAAGUGAAAGUGAUAGUGCAGGACGACAAUGAUAAUGUUCCUAAGUUCCAGUUUCCCACUAGCUUCCAGCAAGGUGUGCGAAACGAUAGCUAUUAUGCCGUCAUCAAUUCCGAGGCUGACAUCGAUACACCGUUGAUAACGGUCAAAGCAGUAGAUAAGGACGCAGGCGUUUACGGUCAAAUCAAAUAUCACAUCUACGAUGAAAAAAUAAACGAAAUUCCAGACGACGAUUCGCCAAGUUCCUACUUUACUAUCAACGAGGACAACGGAAUGUUGAAGACUCAAAAAAGUUUACACGGAUUGAAGCAGUCUCCGUUGGUAUUCAUCGUGGAAGCACGAGACAACAAUGGCAAUCCACAAGCCGGAGUGGUACACAAAGCAAAAGCCCGAGUCGUGGUCAACACGAUUGCAGACAUCAAUCGCAUGACGUUGGUGUUUUCGGACUCUGCGCCCAAGGACAUGCGCCGACAUGCUCGGGCUCUGGAAGACCUGUUGCAUGAAAAAUCCGCUGGGCUUAUCACGGGUAUCGAGCGGUUCAGCACCCGGAAAAUUUUAAAUGAAAACGGAACUAUUGAAGAGCUGCCCGGAGCUACUGACGUUUGGUUCUAUGCUGUUGAUCCCAAGUCUGAGAAAAUUCUGGCAAGAAAUUCUACAACUGUUUUAAGUGCUAUUCUAGCUCCCAUGACGCUGUCUCAAAUCAAUUUUGAAGCAUCUAGUAUUGCUCGAGCCACGGCUCAGGGAAUAUUUGGACCCGUCGAACCAAAGCUGCAAAUCCAGAAGGUGAAAGCUGCCGUUCUAGUUAAUGAUGACGUCUUUCCUUAUGCUCUGAUUGCUGUGGCUGUGGUAAUCCUUAUACUAGGGUCGGUUGGAAUUGUAUAUAUUUGUAUCUCCUGGUCCAAAUAUAAAAAUUUCAAACAAAGAAUGCGCCAGUACACAGCCCCUGCUAGUCCUGUUCGCUAUGAUCCGGUAAUAAUUAACUCCCAAGCACCAACCACAGAGAACCAAACUAGUCUGAAAGAAUAUGAAACACAAGUUCUUGCAAUGGCAGUUCCACUAGAUGAGGGAGAUGAUCUUCAGCUUGACUUCAGCGCUAAAAAUCAUGCCUUUAGUUUAGAUAAUGUUAGCUACAUUACGCACAAGGAAAACGGUCAACACAGUCCUACGAAUUCCGAUGCCACGACGGCAGUCGUUGGAACACUGCAACGCAACAACAAUAACAAUACAAAGAAUAAUAACAAUCUUAACAUCAACAACCGACAAAAUACCUUAAACCGAACGUUGGAGAUGAACCGGAACAAUUACCUAAACCCGUUGGGAUCGGUCAGCAACGGAACAUUACCAGGAACAUUAACUCUUGGAAGGAUCAAGUCAGAACGAAACAAUUACAUUAACGGCUACGGGGACACCCUAAAUCGAAACAAUCUAUCGAUGGCCCAGAACAACACCUUCAACACAUUAGGUCGCAAUCACCGGAACAACAACGCUACCAGCAACAACAUCAACAACAUGAACCAUCAACACAACCACCACCAUGGGCAGGAAAUCGUUGCAAAUACCUUGGGACGAAACAACCGUUACACCGAUGUGCCAAUUAGCAAUCCUCUGUUCCACAUUCGUCAAAAUGGCGACCUACAGUCCCAACCACAGCUUAACCACGCUAGUCCCACCAAUGAGAACGUCACGUUCGGCAAGCGGGACUACAGUCAGCUGCCCUUCUCGUACCUCAACGAUCUGGAUCGAUCGGAUGCUGAAACGACAACCGAGCUGUAGAGGUGGUUUAUGUGGUUACAAACGAAUCGAAAAUCGCUGUGUUAACCAAUAAGAAUUGUUUGGGAGAGAAUGAAUAAUAAUUGAGAAGUGUGUAUGCAUGUAAAACGAAACUUUAAAAAGCCAUUUUGGAGCAAGUAUAGGUCAACUGCCGUAGUUGUAAGUUAAUUUAGUUUUCCUCUAAACGUUGUUUUUAUGUUUUCUUUUUCUUUAAUUAGUUUUUAAGAUACCCGUAGCUAGCUGCAAUAUUACCCACGUCAAUAUUUUAUCCUUUCUUUCGAUUCCGCUCUAUAAACAAUGGCAUUUCUUACCGUCCAUAGGGAAGCUACCUUUCUGUAAAGCGACUCGUACAAAUGAUUGUGUCUUAUUUAUAUUAAAUUUUUUUAGUUUGUUCUUUUGUAUAAAGCAAUAGGAUUUUGAAAUCGUUUAGAGUAGUAAAAGGAGACAAUCGACCUUUUCAUUGUACAUAUACAGUCAUUCAAUAGCUAAGCGUAAUAGUGACGAAAACGAUUAGGUAACAUUAGAAGGGUAAAACUUACAAAUCACUGGGGAAUUGAAAACAAACUGGACUGGAAGCCACAAUGCAUCUACUCCAGGAACUGAAACUAUGGAUUAGAAAAAAUCGAAAAUUAUUCACUUGUUGUGUGAAUAUGUCGCGUCCGAAUUAGGAGAAAAGAGCGAUAAGUAGUUUUUUAUGUAAGAAUGAUUCUAAGCGUUGUAAAAAAAGUCGUACAUAAUGUGAAAUAAAUUUUAUUUAGACGAGAUUAUUCAUAUAAAA